AUGUCCGACGGCAAGAUGCAGGUCGACAACCCACAAGAGACCGUUGAGUUGAUCAAGCAGGGGGAGAUCGAUGAAUCCCUCUACAGCCGCCAACUGUAUGUGCUCGGCCACGAGGCUAUGAAGCGCAUGGGAUCGUCGAAUGUUCUCGUCGUCGGCCUUAAAGGUCUUGGUGUCGAAAUUGCCAAGAACAUCGCUCUGGCCGGUGUUAAAUCCCUCACUCUUUACGACCCCGCCCCUGUCGCCAUCUCCGAUCUCUCCUCCCAAUUCUUCCUCCAACCGCAAGAUGUCGGCAAGCCGCGAGCCGAUGCUACCGCUCCCCGAGUCGCUGAGCUCAACUCAUAUGUGCCAGUCACCAUUCACGAGGGCGGAAACCUCGUCGGGGAUUUGGAGCAGCUGAAGCGUUACCAGGCUGUCGUUCUGACUCAAACACCCUUGAAGGAGCAAUUGGCCAUCGCGGAUUUCUGCCACAAGAACGGUAUCUACGUAACAAUCACAGACACCUUCGGUCUGUUCGGUUACAUCUUCAAUGAUUUCGGCAAGAACUUCACCGUCGGCGACCCUACCGGCGAAGACCCCGUCAAUGGCAUCGUUGCCGACAUUUCCGAAGAUGGCCUUGUCUCUGCCUUGGAUGAGACCCGUCAUGGACUGGAAGAUGGCGACUUCGUGACUUUCACCGAAGUCAAGGGUAUGGACGGGCUCAACAACAGUGCCCCGCGGAAGGUCACCGUCAAGGGACCCUACACUUUUACCAUUGGUGAUGUUUCCGAUCUUGGCUCGUACCAGGGAGGAGGUCUCUUCAACCAGGUUAAAAUGCCAAAGUUUGUUGAUUUCCAGCCGUUGGAAGAGCAGCUCAAGAACCCCGAGUUCUUGAUCUCUGAUUUUGCCAAAUUCGAUCGUCCACAGCAGCUUCAUAUCGGUAUCCAGGCUCUCCACAAGUUUGCGGAGGCCCAUGACCGUCAACUGCCGCGUCCGCACCAUGACGCUGAUGCCCAGGAGGUUUUGAAGAUCGCCAACGAAAUUGCCGCUGCAGAAGAGAAGAUUGAGCUGGAUGAGAAGAUCAUCAAAGAGUUGAGCUACCAGGCCCGUGGUGACCUGAACCCCUUGGCUGCCUUCUUUGGUGGUAUUGCUGCUCAGGAAGUACUUAAGGCUGUUUCCGGAAAGUUCAACCCUGUUCACCAGUGGAUGUAUUUCGACUCGCUGGAGUCUUUGCCAUCUAACAGCACCCGGUCCGAGGAGAGCUGCAAGCCUCUCGGUACUCGCUACGAUGGCCAGAUCGCUGUUUUCGGUAAGGAGUACCAGGAGAAGCUCUCCAACGUCAAGCAAUUCCUGGUUGGUGCUGGUGCCAUUGGUUGUGAAACCUUGAAGAACUGGGCCAUGAUGGGUCUGGGCACCGGUCCCAAGGGCAAGAUCUUUGUUACCGACAUGGACCAGAUCGAGAAGAGUAACCUCAAUCGCCAGUUCCUUUUCCGGGCUAAGGAUGUUGGUCGCCUUAAGAGCGAGUGCGCUUCUGCUGCUGUUCAGGCCAUGAACCCUGAGCUUAACGACAAGAUUGUCACUCUUCGUGAUCGCGUUGGUGCUGAUACCGAGCACAUCUUCAACGAGGACUUCUGGAACAAUUUAGAUGGCGUGACUAACGCCUUGGAUAACGUGGAUGCGCGGACGUACGUUGACCGUCGUUGUGUGUUCUUCCGCAAGCCACUUCUUGAGAGCGGUACUCUUGGAACCAAGGGCAACACCCAGGUCGUCCUGCCUUUCAUCACCGAGUCCUACUCCAGCUCCCAGGAUCCCCCUGAGAAGUCUUUCCCGAUGUGCACUCUCAAGAGUUUCCCCAAUCGUAUUGAGCACACCAUUGCUUGGGCCCGGGACCUUUUCCAAACCCUUUUCGUUGGCCCGCCUGAGGCCGUCAACAUGUAUCUCUCGCAGGCCGACUACAUUGAUCAAACGCUCAAGCAGGCAGGCAAUGAGAAGCAGACACUGGAGCAUCUCCGCGACUUUCUGGUGUCUGAAAAACCCGUCACCUUCGACGACUGCAUCAUCUGGGCUCGCAAUAAGUUCGAGGAGCAGUACAACAACGCUAUCCAGCAGCUUCUGUACAACUUUCCCCGUGACUCGAAGACCUCCACUGGUCAACUUUUCUGGUCUGGUCCUAAACGCGCCCCGACUCCUGCCAAAUUCGAUAGCUCCAACCCCACUCACCUUGGUUUUGUGAUUGCUGGUGCGAACCUUCACGCUUUCAACUACGAUAUCAAGAACCCCGGUGCGGACAAGAGUUAUUAUCGCAAGGUUGUCGAUGAUAUGAUCAUCCCCGAGUUCUCUCCCAGCUCCAACGUCAAGAUCCAGGCCGAUGAUAAUGAUCCGGAUCCCAAUGCUCAGCCCGCUGGCGCUACCAACGACAAUGAAGAGAUCCAGAAGCUUGUGGCAACUCUCCCGUCACCCCAGUCUCUUGCCGGCUUCCGUUUGCACCCUGUCGAAUUUGAGAAGGAUGAUGACACGAACCACCACAUUGACUUCAUCACAGCUGCCAGCAACCUCCGUGCUGAUAACUAUGACAUCCCCCAGGCGGACCGUCAUAAGACAAAGUUCAUUGCUGGCAAGAUUAUCCCGGCAAUUGCCACUGCUACCGCCUUGGUCACUGGUCUGGUCGCUCUGGAGCUUUUCAAGGUUGUCGAUGGCAAGGAUGACAUUGAGCAGUACAAGAACGGCUUCAUCAACCUUGCGCUUCCCUUCUUUGGAUUCAGUGAGCCGAUUGGCAGCGAGAAGGGCAAGUACCAGGGCAAGGAGGGCGAAGUCACCAUCGACCGAUUGUGGGAUCGAUUCGAGGUUGAGGACAUCCCUCUCCAGGAGUUCCUGGAUUACUUUGCCAGCAAGGGCCUGGACAUCACCAUGGUUAGCUCUGGCGUGAGCCUCCUCUAUGCUAGCUUCUACCCUCCUGCGAAGGUCAAGGACCGUCUCCCUCUGCCGUGA